UGAAUGCCUCAUGAGGCGGAAUGCGGAAGCGUUUGAGCUGUCAGGCGUACUGUUUGCUCACUGCAGGAUAGCAUCACGCACGGGGACGUCAAGCAACUCUAAAUAGGUAUGCUGUGAAACAGGUAUCUUGUGAAACUUCAUUUACGGCGCCUAGAAGAAACAUCCGUAGCCAUGUCUCAGAGGGACCUGAAGGAAGCAUUCAUCAGUAACCUCAAUGGGACCACUCUGCAGGAGGUGGGCCUGGGGUCAUUUCUCACUCCACUGUGCCUCAUCAGCAGAGGACUGAUGUUGACCUUGUAUCACCAGGCUGGGGGAACUCUUCCGCUGCCACUUCCACUGAUUUCUCACCUGCUCCUAGACUUUUGUGUUCUCAUCCUUCCCCUUGUCCUGUCAUGCACGAUCCUGAGUGAUGCUCUUCACCAAGUCAUCCUGGGCCUGGCUUUUAUUUCAGCUUGUGUGUUGUCUUAUAUCUACCGUACCAACAGUCAUUGCUCAUCUCGGCCUCCACAAAACACCGUUAGCAACUUCCUCCAGAGUCACGUUCAAUUUAACCAGCUUCCCUUUGUCACCAUCUUCCGAGUGUUUGUAAAUGUGAAAACUGCCAUCAGCAUUCUUGCCGUGGACUUUAGUAUCUUCCCAAGGCGAUAUGCUAAAACUGAAACCUAUGGCACCGGCGUUAUGGACUUUGGUGUUGGGGCAUAUGUCUUUGCAAAUGCCCUUGUGUGUCCAGAGGCCCGGGGAAAGAACAUAUCAGGAUCCAAGGUGAAUCACAUCGUAAAACAGCUCCUGUCUGUCUGGCCCCUGGUUGUUCUUGGUAUGGGAAGGCUAGUGAGCCUAAAAAUCUCAGGCUACCACGAGCAUGUGACAGAAUAUGGCAUUCACUGGAAUUUUUUUUUCACACUAGCCAUUGUCAGAGUUGUGGCUUCUGUGCUUUUGGCCGUUCUUCCAGCCAGUCGUGCAUGGGUCAUUGCCCUUCUGAUCAGCGGAUUUUAUCAGUUGGUUCUGGAGACAUCAGGGCUGAAGACCUUCAUUAUCCACAAUAAAGACAGGGAAAUUGGCUUUCUGCACGCUAACAAGGAGGGUGUAUUCUCUGCAGCGGGCUAUGUAGCCAUCUACAUUGCAGGAGUGCAGGUUGGACUGUAUGUGAUGCAACCAAGAACCCAAGUUAGACAGUGGCUCAAAGCACUUUUUAACCUCUUUUUGGGAAGUUUUGUGCUGUACACUGCUUUGUUCACAUGUCAGACUCUCGUGGAGCCAGUGUCUCGCCGCUUAGCUAAUUUACCUUUCUGCCUCUGGAGUGUUGCUCAGUCUCUGUUUUUUAUGACCUGUCUUGGUGUUGCUGAUAUGGUUUUACUGUUUUCCAAAAGAACAUCAGGUUGUCACCUUGUACCCUCAUCGUGGAAUCCGCACAAGAAGCAACCAGACUCAAUCUAUGACAAAAAGACAAGUGACAUAGAAAGACACUGUCUUGUUCAAGCUGUCAGCAGGAAUCAGUUGCUAUUUUUCCUGCUUGCAAAUGUCAUGACCGGGUUGACAAACUCAAUAGUGGACACACUUAGUUGCAGCAGUUCAUUUUCUCUGGUUGUGUUGCUGUCCUACAUGUUUGUGAAUUGUUCAGUAAUAGGUGUGUUACAUCAUUGUGGAGUUACAGUGAAAUUCUGGUAAAAUUCCAUUCAUAAAACUACUAGAUUCAUUCUGCAAUUUUAUUUUUGUGAGGCUAGCGGUUACAGACUUUGACAUUCUGUAAAGCUGCAGAUACUAAUGUAAAUAUUCUUGUAAUGCCUGUCUUUAUACAAUGGUGUCUCCAAGUAAGUGACAAGUUGGAGUAAAAUAAAGUGUUAAGCCUAACACUGACUGUUC